AUAAACAAAAAAUUGUUGCAUCGAAAAAAGUAAAUAUCAACAAAGUGAACUCUAUUUAAUUCAAAUCAAUGUUUCAUUUAGCCUCUCUGAUUUGUAGUGGAUGUGAAGACGGAGAAACUAAUCAGUUUUAUGAUAACCUCGAAAAACGUCAGUGCUAUUGUAGUUGCCAACAUUCUCUGUGCACGCAAUGCUUCAACAAAUACAAAAAUUGCCCAAUUUGUGCAAAACCUCUCGUUCGAACCGAAAACUAUGCAGCCAGACAAAUUUAUGAGCAAUUUAAGGAAAAUCCGAUGAUUGUGUUCAACAAGUGGUGGUGUUCUAUUCAAAAUACAGAUGCUCCUGAAAUGUGCCCGUCGUGUCAUGUGGACCGGCGGAAAUUUCAUUGGUGUAUUGAAUGUGAGAUGAAAUUGGAAAAUAGUGAAGCAAAGUUUAGAAGAGCAAGAAUAUUUCCACGUACCGACUUGCAAAAACAGCUGUGCAAAAUCUCUGGCGUACGAUUCGGCUUCGCAAUUUUUGCCAGCCGAGUGAUUUGUUCGGACUGUGUUCUUCAGGACCACGACGGACAUCAUAUUGUAUCCGUAAAAAAUUUAUAUGCUGCAAUGAUGAAUGAUAAAAGCAUUACUGGAAGCGCGACUCAGGUGGCUACUCAAUUCCUAUGGUCAGAAAUUGCGGAGAGAAGUGGGAAAUGUUUGCUGCGAACGAUGAGAUUGAAGAGAGCCUGCCUGAAGCUAUUCUGGACUGCACGGGCUCCAAGCUACAAUAUAUUUUCGGUCGACCAGUCAAAAUUCUUCGAGCCAUUGGUCCAAAUGUCAGACGACUAUAUCGACAGAGUUCGGAAAAACGUUGAACACCAAUUUGUUUGUGCGAAUUCGCCUUGGAAGAAUUGCAAUUGCACACAAAUAAUGAGGAAAAUGCAAGAACUAGCCUUGAAAAAUCAGAUUGAAAAGCGAUAUGUAGAAAUUGUAAGUGAACUGGAGCUUCAGGAGAUCACAGAAUGCCCACUCAAAAUGGAACGGGUUCAGGAUUUGUUGGAUAAGUCGAAUAAGAUGUCAAGAAUGCAACUACACAAACUUUACACAGUUUUCUGCUGGAAUUACUAUAGAACGGAUACUUAUGAACUAUUUAACGAAACCGACAGGAAACCAUUAAUUUGCUCCCAGUGCAAAGUGUCAACUUGUUUCGAGUGUUACAACCGAUUAUAUAACGAGUGCGGGUUUUGCGAAUGUUCUAUUAUGGCUGUAUUUCUAAAAUAUAAAGAUGAUGUAGAGGCAAGAACCAACCACGAGGCUUUGGAGUUGUUAAAGUUUUAUAAAGAAAACUGUAUUGAGGUUUUAGAGGAGUGGUGGGCAAGUGACGCAUUUCAACUUGGCUUCUGUCUUAGCUGCUCCUCGUACUCGGAAGACCUCGAGAUUUGCGUCUACUGUGAGCUUGUUCUUCGGCGAAGUGUACUGAGAACUGACGCUGAAUCACCUGACAACUUUAAAAAAGGAAUGAAAAUCCGUUUUAAUUACAAGUGGCUCGGCGGUCUCCCAUUGCGAUGGCAAUGCUCAGACUGUGUAGAUCGACUUUUCAAAGAAGAUCAGGGUGCCUGGAAGCAAGGAUGCAAUCAUUUCCUCCAACGACGCUCUCCAAUAAAAAUCACAAAAGAAUACGCCGAGCACAAUUGCAAAGCGACUGUAAUCCGGCUCAAAGAAAUCAAAAAUUACGGUUUUGCGUUGAAAAGUGCUACUUUUCGUUUAGUCUUCAAGAUUCUCAGGGCAGGAAUCGAAGAGAAAGGGCACUUUCGGAAUGGCAUUUCACAAACAUAUUGGCUCUUGUACUCUAGAAUACAAUAUUUUCUGCGAAAUUCUUUAAAUGGGAGGAAAUCCGUGGAAAUGGAAGAGUUGAAGGUUAACAUUUCUCGGUUGAUUGGAGAAUUGAAAGCUCACAGUUAUCGGAAUGAAUAA